CAGGAUUUUUCCUCCUUUUUCCGCCCUUUCCCACCCCACCCAACCAAGAACGCGAUAAAAUUAUUUUUGUUUGUGUUUAACCUGACGAAGGAUUGAAUAUUGGUAAACGUUAAACGUUUCGAAACAGUUCUCACAGUUUGUGAAAAAUAUAACAUUAUUCCACUGAAAUGUCGCUUGCCGAUGAACUCUUGGCUGAUUUGGAGGACGAUAAUGAGGAGACAGAGGAACUGCAAGAAACCAUUAAACAGGAGGCCCCCGAUGACACCGAAGAUGGUCGCCAAUUAUCCGGCAGUGAAGAGGAAACCAUCAUCAUGGACGUAAAAGAUGAACCGAUGGAAGUGGACGUAAAUGUAGCAUCCAUACGGGAAAUUUGUAAACUGCGGGACUCCGCUCGUCUGUCCAAUGUGCUUACACAGAUAGCAAAGUUCGUGAAAAAUCCUCGUAAAACAUCUGAAAUGAUUGGCAACGUUGAAUCGGAUCCUGAGUACCAGCUGAUCGUCGAAGCCAAUAACAUAGCUGUGGAUGUCGACAGCGAAAUCUCUAUCAUACACAAAUUUGUAAAGGAUAAAUAUCAGAAACGCUUUCCUGAGCUCGAUUCUCUCAUUAUGGUGGAAAUGGAUUACAUUCGCAGCGUCAGAGAACUGGGAAAUGAUUUGGACCAAGCGAAGAAUAAUGAACGACUUCAGGAGAUUUUGACACAAGCAACUAUUAUGAUUGUUUCUGUAACAGCUUCUACAACACAGGGAAGCCGCUUGGAGCAACAUGAGCUACAACAAAUAUACGAAGCAUGUGACAUGGCCACAGAACUUAGCGAUUUUAAAACGAAAAUCUUCGAGUAUGUCGAAAGUCGCAUGACAUUUAUCGCACCCAAUUUGUCCAUGAUAGUUGGUGCAUCUACUGCUGCCAAGCUGGUGGGUCUUGCAGGUGGUCUCACCAGAUUGUCCAAAAUGCCGGCUUGUAAUGUACUCGUUUUGGGAGCACAGAAAAAAACUCUGUCAGGAUUUUCGAAAGUAGCUAUGCUGCCCCACACUGGAUAUGUUUAUUACUCGGAUAUCGUCCAGGACACGCCACCGGAUAUGCGCAGAAAAGCAGCUCGGUUGGUAGCCUCGAAAAGCACUUUGGCCGCUCGAGUCGAUGCUUGCCAUGAAUGCCACAUGGGCGAGAUCGGUCAACGGUUUCGCGAGGAUAUUGAGAAGAAGCUGGAUAAAUUGCAAGAACCUCCACCGGUGAAGUUUAUCAAGCCACUUCCGAAGCCAAUCGAAGGUGGCAAGAAAAAACGCGGUGGAAGGCGGGUGCGUAAAAUGAAAGAACGUUACGCAAUAACGGAAUUCCGAAAACAAGCCAACCGGAUGAACUUUGGAGAUAUUGAUGAAGAUGCCUAUCAAGAGGAUUUGGGAUACACGCGUGGAACUAUAGGCAAAACAGGCACCGGUAGGAUACGCUUGCCGCAGAUCGAUGAGAAGACCAAGGUUCGAAUCAGCAAAACACUCCAGAAGAAUCUUCAAAAGCAACAGCAGGUGUGGGGCGGAAGCACCACUGUUAAGAAGCAAGUUUCUGGUACGGCAUCUAGCGUGGCAUUUACCCCGCUGCAGGGAUUGGAAAUCGUCAACCCACAGGCGGCAGAGAAACCGGCCAGCGAAAGCACGGCGAAGUAUUUCUCGAACACUUCCGGUUUUCUAUCGGUCGGAAAGCGUACGACAUAAGGCAGUUGGGAUAUUGUUUAGUUACUGUUGAAAAUGUGGUAAUAAAAAAUAAUAAAAAACAA